AUGUGGUCCAGACAUUGGGGAUCAGGAUUGGUCCAGAACAUUGGGGAUCAGGAUUGGUCCAAAUUCUGGGAUCUGGGGAUUGGUCCAGACAUCGGGGAUCAGGGAUUGGUCCAGACAGCGGUGUUCAGGGAUUGGUCUCAGACAUUGGGGAUCAGGGAUUGGUCCAAACUUCUGGGAUCAGGGAUUGGUCCAGACAUCGGGGAUCAGGGAUUGGUCCAGACAACGGGGCUCAGGGAUUGGUCCAGACAACGGGGCUCAGGGAUUGGUCCAGACUUUGGGGUCGUACAGGAGAGAGCAGCAGCCGCUCUGGAGGAGAAGGCUCUUUGA